AUGUCCCUCUUUGGAUCAAGAAGGCUAAGGCAACUGCGCGAUGACCUAUGUACACUACCCGGCCACACAGUGCUGCAAGAUUACUUGCAAGACCAGAUUGUUUUCUCCCUACGCCGCGCGGUGCUCGUCACUCUCCACCGCAAAUGGUCUGAAAAUUCGCCUUACCGUCUGACGGAACUCGGCGUCACGACCUUCGACAGAGCCAGCAGCGGGCAGAACCAACUUUUAACGCCUGGACCGCAUGCAGAAAACAUCUUGCGCCAGAUAUGGUCUUUCCGCCUCGUUAUCCGCUCCACUGCCCAUCUCGAUGCCUCGAUGCACUCGAGUCCCUUUCACUUCGGCACCACGCUAUACGCAUCGCAGGAGGAAGCGCUGGAUCUCCUGCACCAAAUCUGGCACCAGCCCAUGAGCGCGCGCAACGCCAAAGCCGGGUUCCGCCCCAUCAUCUACAUGUCGUUUGGCGACAACGACGCUCUGAGCAAGACGCGCAGAUCGACAUUCGACUUUGAUCCAUCGAGCCUCAACACAACGGUAGCCACGCUGAACGCGCAGUUUAUCCCGCAGAAAUGCAAGAUCACCCGCCACGCCAACGCAUCUCUAACCUACCUCCUCUCGCAGUUCAAAGUGCCCACGUUCCAUACUGAGAACAGCGGUAACGCGGCCAUGUACGCUACCGUUGUGGCGGUGCUCUCCGCACUCCGCGUUGAACUGUACCAGGCCGACAACAACGCUGUCGCCAAGCCAGCUCAAACAAGCCAGUCCAGCAGCAAAUCCGCGGAGGAAGUACUGCAGGGCUUGAUGGACUGGCCUACGCCCGCGCCUCCGUUUGGCCUGCUGGUGUACUGCUGCAGGUGUGGAAGCACCGAGCAUGCAUCUGGGCAGUGUACAAGUUGGUAUUUGAGUUGCAAGAUAUGUGAAGGGGCGCUGCAGCAUUGGAGAAGGGAAAAUGCAGGCACUCAUACGGAGGGAAUGUGCUCGUUUGGGUGGGAAUUGGACUGCUGA